UAGAAAAGACUGUGUAGCAUUUGCCUUUCUUUCUGCCAGAUGUAAGAAGUAAAUAGCACAGGCAUAAACAUCACCUGGGAUCGUGCUGCUAUACAAAGCUACAGGCUAAGCCAACGGAAUAAAAGAAAAGGGCAAGCAAAGAAAGGCUACUUCCCUUUGGACUCACUGCCUCUAUUCAGAACAGGGCAGCUUUGGAGCACAUUGUCCUCUCUGCUGGAGGAACAACAGAGCAACAUGGAAAAGCUGCUUCUCAUUCUAGUGCUUUCCAUUCAGUCCUCAUCCUAUAGUCUUGGGGGUGAUGUCUUGUCUCAGUUACAUGCAAAUCACAAGAUUCAUGCCAGGAACCUUCUUCCCAUUGGACAAAGAGUGGAUGGCUUUCUACGUAUGGACAAACCUUCUAGAUUUUACUUCUUUGCAAAUGGAAGUCAUGACAUACUAACACUCCGAGUAACCCCCUGUGAAUCACCACUCUUCUGGACCCUAUCCAGUGUACAUGACAAGAAGGCUCAUGGGGCAGGAGAAGUUAAUAUGGAACACCUCAAGCCUUAUGACCAACGUAUGCACACCAGAACACUGUUUUCCUUUCAGGGUAAUGGAGAAGAGACCUUCAGUACAGGUGUGACAUCAGAUAGUUUGUAUCUUCUUGACAUUGCAUCUUUGGAGUCAGAUACCAACUUCCAAGUUUUUGUCUGGGACCACAAAAAUCAAGGUAACCUAUGGCCUCAACUUCCAAAUGAUUCUCAGUUGGAGAUUAUUUCUGUGGAAGAAGAUAGAAUAAAGCUGUCAUGGAAACCCAGUCUGGGAGAUGACGAGAAGGUCAAUUAUUGUGUAUUUGUAAAUAAGCAACACAAUGUCAAAACCUUAUGUGCUACAAUGUCCAACACAAAUAAAAGGUUCAGUAAUCGAUUGAAUGAAAAUGAAGACAAAUCAAGUAAGUCUUUAGAGACAGCUAUGAAGACAUCUAAAACAUAUUCUAACAAACUUAAAGAAAAUGUUAAGGAGCACAACGUCAACAAUGACCUUUUUUUUAGCAAGAAUUUUGUGGGAGCUCAAAAGGUAUGUGUUGGACAGUGGACAAAUGCCACCAUUUCUAGGCUGAAACCUAAAACCCUUUAUUACUUUGAUGUUUUUGCUGUAAACUCUCAAACAGGCACAAGUUUAGCAUAUACAGGGACUUUUGCGGAAACCAAAAACAAGCACAGGUCACAAGCAACUCUUCCUAAUGAUGAGAUGGUGAACAUCUUCCUCAAAAGCAAAGUUCUAAGAAUGAUGACCGUUGACCUUCCAUCUCAUGGCUCCAAAUGGCUCUUCAUUCAUUCAUGUCUCCAUAAGGUUCAUCUUCAGAUCACGGUAAAUGGAAAGGUGAUUGUAUCCCAAAACAUAAACAGAGCUCAUAACUUCAAGCUUUCUGGCAGGCCAAAAGCCAGCUGCAUCAUUACAUUAAAAUCUAGUAAGGGUGGCCCUGGUCUGGUAAAGAUCUUUUCAACUACUGCCCAUCAUGACUUACCCUUCCCGAACCUUUUCUCGGACAUGAGUUUUUCUAUUUCUAACUCAACCUGCUCAUCAGCUACUGUGACAUGGACUGGAAGUGGACAUGGGACCAAAUACUGCAUUUAUGCCAGGCACCUAGAGCAGAGCUUGGAUCUAAAGUUGAUUCACAUGCAUCAAAACAGUUGCCUCAGCACAAACACCCGCUCCAAAGCUGAAAAAGUGUUUUGCAAGAAUGCAGGGCCCGAUGCCCCAAGGGAGGAUGAAAUCACAGACCUGAAGCCUGGGAAAACAUAUCUCUUGGAUCUGUACUUCAUAGGUCUGUACAACAGUACCAUCAAGUUCCCAAGCCGUGUUGUAAGAACUCAGGGUUGGUGCACCUGAGCACACCACAUAAUAAAGCUUGAGAUUUCUCUGCGUGACACCAACAAGUUUUCUGCAUGUAAAAUGCUUAUUUCUUUCUAAAGAUGAGAAGGCAAAUACACAUAUAAAUAUACAGAUAUAUAUGUGUGCUGAAAUAUUAUACAUUUAUAUACAACUAGAAACACCAAGAACAUGUCCAGCAACAAAUAAACUGAAGUUAAAUACAUCAUAAAGGGGACCUCUGACAUAUUAGGGUCUGAGUCUGAGGCAAAUACUCAACUGGAAUGUCCUUAAUGUAACAGAACAAAUAAUCUGCCUUCAUACCACUACAGAGUUUGAGUUUCACCAAAUGGAAGUGGAUUGAGAUGUCAGUGUGACUUGAUGUGAGAAAUGACCCCAGCUAAUUAUAUCCUUCCAAGGCUCAUAAAUGCAUCAUGCUUAAUUCUGUUAGCAACCAAGUUUGGUGUGUGCAAUUUGGUUUGUAAGCACACAAGUAUGUACUAUUAAGUGUAUCGCCUUGCACACCAGAUCUGGAACACUAGACUAUAUUUACCAGAUAUAAUGGUGCUAUCUGCUUCCUGGAUGCUUGCACAGUGACUCUAUUCACAAAAACAAAACACAAGUACGCAUAAAACUGUAUAGGCCUAUGUGUAGCUGCAGUUGUGUUACUACAGUGCCUUACUACAAAGCUGCUAGUUACAACACUUACACUGCACUCCACAGACACAUUUUAGAACAUAAAUAGCACUCUUGCAUCUGUGAUCCUGAUAAAUGUACUAACAUCCAAAAUGUAAUGGCUUUUGAAUUAAACUUCUCUAAACCUUAAAACUAAGGGGGUUAUUUAUCAAAGUCCAAAUUUAUCUCAAUAUUUUCUGCCACAAACCCCGAUCAAAUCCACUUGGGU